AUGAUGCGGCGAGCGGCGAGGUUGGGGCGAUGGAUGAAGAAGAAAUGGCGGGAAGAAGUGAAGCCAGCAGCUCUUGACGCCAUGUACUGGAUCAGACACAACAUGACAAACUCGACCAAGAGAGUGGUGAAAGAUGGUGAAGAUUGGGAGGAGAGGGAGGAGGAGGAGGAGCAAAUGGCGCAGGGGACUGGAAUGCAGUAUCAAGAGAAGAUAGUUGCAAAGUGGAGCCAGAAAGACGUCAGUAUCACAUUAACAUGUUUUGAGAUGUAUGAAUGUGUCAUUGACUUUAUCCUACAUGAAGUUACAAUGGGAGAUGCGAUGGAGUUCAGGAUCUGCCGCUUGUUGACUGAGAAUGAAGUUGAUGGCUCUGCAUUGACGACGGCAACAGAAGUCGAUCUGAUAGACCUCGGCUUCGACCGCGUCCUCUGCCGCAAGCUCUUCAUGAAGCUCAAGGCGUUCGGCAAGGACACAACGGCUGAGAGAAGGCUGGAGCGGCUCAAGACGUUCCUGCGGAAGAACAACCUCAUGUUCAUCAAGCAUCGCCUAGUGGACGAGCUAGGGGUGUACGAUCUUGAUGAGCUCCCGACGUUGGUGACGAACAAGGGAUGGGUCCGCUCCCUCAACCUGAACGUUGAGGACGAGAUCCGGUUCAAGACGAUCGUGCGCGAAGGAGGGAAGAGCAAGAAGAAGAAGUCGAUCAAGCUCAAUGAGAAGAUGUACAAAUCGCACUCGCUAAGGGCAAGAGAGGAUCUGAACAGAGCGCUCAAGGAGCAGAGAGCUUCCAAAAUGCCGGCGGCGAUUGGCCAGCAGCAAGUACGGUUGCCUCCUGCUGUCAAGCUAGACACGACCUCGAGGAAAGGGAGAUGGGAGAAGACGAUCCAUGAUGCGGUGAAGAGCAGCGCUGGAGGAGGAGUGCAGGAGGUGGCGCUGGAAGACAGCUUGGGAGGAGGAGGCCUUCCUCCUGGGUACAAGACGCAGCAGCUGCUGGGGAUUGUGUCCCCGCGGAAGAAGGGGUAG